UUUCAGUCUUUUUGGUCCCAAGGAAUUCCCGUCGUCGUAUCCAAGUGUCUGAAUAAGAUAACGUUGACCGACGUUGGCAAAGAGUUCUUUAUACGCUGCUAUGGGUUCCAUCGAGUUCGUCUGGUGGAUUGUUGUGGUGAAAAGCAGGAUAAGAAAGUGUCGCUCGCGGAGUUUUUGUCCGACUUUGGCCGGCCACGUUCUCCAAAUGAUACAAUCUGGAAGCUCAAAGACUGGCCCCCGUCAGAAGACCUGCAGACAGUCCUAGGUGAACUUCAUGACCAGAUGGAGCUUACUGUUCCUGUUCCCGACAUGACAAGAGCCGACGGGGUCCACAACUUUCCUUCUUACUUCGCUACGAAUGCCAAUAAGGCUGAUCUAGGGCCGAAGAUGUACCUUGCUUAUGCGAGUCAAAGAGUCGGUAAACAUAUUGGAUCAACAUUCCUGCACAAGGAUGUAACUUCGGCGUACAACAUUGCUCUCGACGUGGCAGAGUCGCCAACGGGUGAACCGGGUCAUGCUCUCUGGCAUCUCUGGCCAUCAUGGGCUUCGCCGAUGCUUGAGGAGUUCAUGGUUGAGCAAAAAUUGGUAUCCCCGAACGAUGGAAACCCGAUACAUACACAGAGCGUGUACCUGACGGAAUCACAAAUUGAGGCCUUCAGUACGAGAUACGAAGUUAAGCCUUUUGUGAUCCGUCAGCGAAAGGGAGAUGCUGUUUUUAUACCUCCCGGCUGCCCACACCAGGUAAUGCCAAAAACAAUUUGUUCGCCUUCUCCUGCUCACUUCUCGCUAUAG